GAACGCGAAUGCAUUAGACGAAACCUUACGGCUACUUCCCCAUCGCCGUUCUACCCGUCCUAACCUCAACACAUGGGAUGACAAAGCGAUGUCUGUAUCCGAAGAGAUAAUUAAGAAGGUGUCGAAAAGCGAAUCCAGAGAAAUUAGUCUUGAAGACCUAUCGUACUGCAUGCCGAAAGUGAUUGCUGAAGAAGCGUUGAAGCGGAUCGGAGCCACGCAAGGAAAGUUUGGGAUAGAUGAGCUCUUCAUUUGGGUGAGUCGCACUUUUCAGCAGCACAGAGAGGGCUUGAGUUAUCACUCAAAGAUACUCACUGUGUCUUGCGGGAUUUGCAUUAGGCCGUUGAUGUCAUUGUCUUGGCGAUACUUACAUUCGCUUGGCUCGUCAUACUAGACACCGUAUAUAUAUGUCCUCCCAAAAAAUGAGGAAUUGGGACACAAGUUUUACAUGGUGAUACUAUUUCUAGCUCUGGUGGUUGCCUAUGUCUUUCACGUCGUAUGGGAUAUGUAUGGCGAUGGGGUUAGAUUCUUUUUUCACCACUCAAUACAAGUCGGGGGAGCUUGCAUCAUUGACGGGAAAAAGGUACAUACGUAUGUGCAACUUAGGCUUUGUUCGUUUUCGGGUCUCAAAACUCCUGGCCGGGCACGGUCUUCGAUCAACUUUUUAAUCUAAUUCAACCAUAUGCAGAAGUA